AUGGCAAGCCUCGAGGGGAACCGCAAGACGGUCAACGAGACCGUCAUUGAUGAGCCCGAGCCCGUGAGCCCGACGAACACCAUUGAAGAGGUCAAGCGCUCUUCCGAUGAAUCUAGUGCCCCGAGCCAAGAUGUUCUCUACGCGGCCGGCGUUGGCCUGAGACCCGACGACCCUUCCUUGCCAUGCCUCACUCUCCGCAUGUGGAUUAUCGGUAUCGGCUUCUGUCUUUUGGGCAGCGGGGUCAACACUCUCUACACGUUCCGGUUUCCGUCGAUUACCCUGUCACAGUCCGCAAUUCAGUUCUUGGCAUACCCGGUUGGAAAGGCUUGGGAGUUUGUGGUUCCGGACUGGGGUUUCAAUGUCAGAGGCAACCGCUACAGUCUCAACCCGGGACCUUUCAACUACAAGGAGAACAUCCUCAUCUACAUUAUGGCCAACCUCAGUUUCCUCACUCGACUCAGCGCGGACGUCUUGACCGAACAACGAGUUUUCUACGGUUACGAAGCAGGAUGGGGUUUUGAGCUUACAGUAACUCUGGCCACGAUCUUGUUUGGAUUUGCUUUGGCUGGACUGUGCCGCUCCUUGGUGGUUGAGCCUGCUGGCUUGCUGUGGCCUGGUGUUCUUGGCAACACUGCCCUGAACGCUGCGCUGCACUCUAGCAGAAAGGAAGACGAGACGGAGACCAAGUGGACGGCCUCGAGAUACAAGUUUUUCAUGUUUGCCUUUGCCGCAUCCUUUUGCUGGUACUGGUUCCCCGACUUCAUCUUCCCUGCAUUGGGAUACUUCACCUGGGUCUGCUGGAUUGCGCCCAACAACGCCGUGGUAAACCAAGUCUUCGGAAUGAAGAGUGGAAUCGGUCUACUGCCUUUCACGUUCGAUUGGAGUCAAAUCGCCUACAUCGGAUCCCCACUGGUCGUGCCCACCUGGGCUAUCCUGAACGUUCUUGCGUCCUUGGUCUUCUGGAUCUACAUCAUCUCACCAGCUCUCUACUACUCAAACACUUGGGAGUCAGCUUACUACCCCAUCCAGAGCAACUCAAUUUACGACAAGAACGGAAAGACCUACAAUGUCUCCAGAGUCAUCGACAAGAAACAUGGCUUCACCUUCAACGACACUAAGUACGAAGCCUACUCUGACAUUUACCUCCCGGUCACGUAUGCCCUCAACACCUUCGGUCUGUGCUUCGCCACCAUCGCUUCUCUCUUUGUCUGGCUGUUCCUCGAGAAACGCAGAAGCAUCGCCGCGGCUUUCAGAGCGUCUCCACUCCCCGCCCUCUUCGGUCGCAAGGUCGUGCCUCGAGACAACCCCCAGCCGUUGUAUGCAGCUGUGCCAAUCUUUUGGUACUGGACCGUGGCCGCUCUCGCUCUGGGCUUUGGCAUUUUUGCUUGCGAGUUCUAUCCCGUUCAGCUGCGAUGGUACGGAGUCAUUCUGUCUUUCGUCGUCUCUGCGGUCUUCUUCAUCCCCCUUGCCUGGGUCUACGCCACCACCAACAUGAAGAUCCAAAUCGACAUCUUUUGCCGAAUCGUCGCCGGCUACACCUGGCAGGGCAAAGUGCUCGCUAACAUCUGGUUCUUUAACUUGGGAUACAUCUCGGGUAUCAAAGGGCUUGCGUUUGCUCAAGAUCUCAAGCUCGGAAUAUACUGCAACAUUCCACCGAGACAACUGUUCCUUGUUCAGGCAGUUGGCCUUGUCAUCGGCAGUCUCGGUCAAGUCUCUGUCCUCAACUGGGCUCUCAACCACAUCCCCGACAUCUGCUCGACCACCGCACCCAACGGCUUCACCUGCCCCUUUUCUCGAACUCAUUUUAACACCAGCAUGGUGUGGGGCGCAGUCGGCCCUCGCCGUUUCUUCGCAGAGGGAGCCAUGUACCGCAACCUCCUCUGGUUUUUCCUCGUGGGUGCGGUCUUGCCGGUGAUUGUCUAUGUUCUCCGGAAGAAGGUCUUCCCGAACGCCACAUGGCUUAAGAAGGUUCAUGUGCCCUUGUUCCUCGGCGCACUCAACUACAUACCUCCGGCGUCUGGCACAAACUAUGGCAGCUGGGCGAUCGUGGGACUCCUGUUCGGGCUGCUCAUCAAGAGAAGACAGAGAGAUUGGUGGAGGCGGUACAACUUCGUGCUCAGUUCUGCACUGGACUGCUCGGUUGCCAUCGCUGGUAUUGUGAUCUUCUUUGCGCUAUUCUACACCGGUGCCUCGAAGAAGUUUAGCUGGUGGGGAACGGACGUCUACAAGGUUUGA